GGUGAGUUUUUCCUUGCCCUUAUGUGGGCUUUGUACCGAGGAUGUCGUUGUGGCUUGUGCAGCCCUUUGAGACACUUGUGAUUUAGGGCUAUAUAAAUAAACAUUGAUUGAUUGAAAUAUUUUAAAAUGUAUUUCCGUGAGAGCCAUAUAAUGUUUUUUAACACUAAAUACAACUAGAUGCGUGCAUUUUUAAGUAAGACCAACAUUUUUAGAGUGUAAUAAGUCUCCUAUUCUUUUUAAUAACAUUGUUAUUCUGAAGCUAACCAUCCAUCCAUCCAUCCAUUUUUCUACCGCUUAUUCCCUUUGGGGUCGCUGGAGCCUAUCUCAGCUAACCAAUAAAUAAAAUACUUCUUACCAUUAAUGCCACUUCUUGAACAAAUACGGUAGAAAACGGAUGGAUGGAUUAAAAUGCAUGAGAAUGUUUUAUAUUUUGAACGUUAUUUUUUAACACUGUGAUCACCAGUGGAAUUAUUCAUUACUUAUCCUGUUAAGCAAAGUCAGCUAAGAUUUAUCUGAGAGCCAGAUGCAGUCAUCAAAAGAGCCACAUCUGGCUCUAGAGCCAUAGGUUCUCUACGCCUGCUUUAGUCUCACGCUCACUUCUGCACGUAGCACAUGAUUACACAAUGUUGAUAGCAACACAAUGUUGAUAACAAUUCAUCUCUUACACAGGAACAGCAGCAGCCUGGCAACUCUCCAACACAGGAAGUCCAUGACCACACCACCUGAUGCACACAUAAGACAACAAAAGGAAGUGUUGACUGGCGACAUGAGACAACUUGUGUCCUUCUUCAUCGGCCUUUCUGCAGCCCUGGUGCAGGCCCAGGACCAGGUCCAGAUCCAGUUCCAGACCGACCCCGUCCUGGUCCUGACCGGCACUGAGAUCCAGUUCACGGUGCUGACCACUCCCGACGUGCUGUCCAUGACCUGGCUCUACGAGGGGGACACCUUGGGUCUGUGGGUCGGGGGCGCGCCCGUCAUCAACGACGUGCCGCAGUUCCGCGGCCGGGUCACCAUCACGGCCACGCAGCUGCGCAUCGGCAGCGCCCGGCUGGAGGACGCGGGGACGUACACGGUGGAGGUGGAACCUCUGGCCUCCACUGGCAUGACGGGGAACUCCAGACCGGUUCAGCUGAGGGUUUUUGAGGCGGUGGCCGGCGUGAGUCUCUCCGUGCCGUCGGUGGCGGUGGAGGGGGGGAACAUCACGCUGACGUGCACCUCGGGCGGCACGGAGAUCAGCUUUCAGUUCGGGAAAGGAGGCGUGGCCGUGGCCGAAGACUCCAGGAUCACCAUCGUUGACGGCGUGCUGAUCAUCAACCCGGGACAGCGCGGCGACGCCGGCGACUACACGUGUACCGUCAGCAACCCGCUCAGCGCCCUCACCGCCUCCAGGAGUCUCACCGUCUUCUUCGGACCCGACACCCCGGUCCUCACCAAGGACGCCCCCAAGGACUGCGUAGGGAGCCCAGACGUCCAGGUGGGCCAGACCUUGCGUCUCACCUGCAUGUCCGACUCCCUGCCCCCCGCCCUCUUCACUUGGCAACGCGACGGCGAGCCGGUGGCGUCGGCGCAGCCCGACAGCGGCGUGCUCAGCGUGCAGACGUCCUCCACAGACGACGGCGGCCGCUUCACCUGCGCGGCCAGGAACGCGGUGACGGGCGGCACGUCUGAGCAGGCCACUGACGUGUCCGUGGAAAACACGUGUCUGGACGUGGGCGAGGUGGUGGGCAUCGUGAUUGGCAGCUUGGUGCUGCUCCUCAUCCUGGUGCUGCUCUUGGUGCUGCUGGUGUGUCUGGUGCUGAGGAGGCGGGCGCGACGAAGGCGAGCAGCAGAAGCGGUGGUGGUGCAGAAGAACCGCACAAAUCCUCGGCCAAUACCUCCACUUGUACCAGCUAAUGGCGCCAGGAAUCUGGGCCAAGGUCCCGACCCCCCCGUCUUUCAGUCAAGCUCCCAGGCCCGCCGCCCCCGGCUGCAGGCGGGCGGCGCCCUGCAGGCGUCGCCGCCGACGGAGGGGCGGUGGCAGAACGGCAACACGCGCAACGGCUUGGACAACCCGGCUUUCUCGCGGGACGACCCGCGCCCGACCAAUCCCAACAUCCUCAUCCAGACGGGAGGGGCUGGAAGCGGCGUGCAGCCUGGGGCGGUCCAGCUCAGCCUCAACACACUGCCGCAAGGUGGCCAGCAGAAGAACACGCCCAUGCCCACCAUUCAUGUCAACCUCAACUCUUUCCCUGCCAGCGGCCCGCAGGAAGUGACCAGGAUCAAUAAUAAUAAUAAUAAUGAUCAAUAUCCAGGCUGGCAGAACAGCAACGGAGCCACAAGUCAACAGCCCGUGUUGGUCGCACCUUCCUCACACACUGCUCAGCGCAAUGCAAACACGCAGACCUACCAGCAGGAGGCGGAGCUCCACAAUAGCCCCGCCCACAGUCAGAUGCCAUGGGAUCGUUUGAGAGGAACGCCGGCGUAUCCCAGAGCCCAGUCGUCAGACGACUACACCAGCCAUGCACCUCUGCAGCACACGCGGGGUCGUAACCCCUUCACGCGACCUUCCAGGACCAGGAGCCACUCGGCCGACGUCUGGGAGACUCGCACCCUCCGAGUGCCGCAGCUGGAACCCGCCAAACCCUCGCAUAAAAGCCCCCCUUCGCAAAGGGAGCGGUCCCAGGAGGACUUGAGGGCCCGGGGUCAAAGUACCAACCCUUUUGUGAGGCAGGCGGCGGGAGACCCACUGGGUGUUGAUACCAGAGCUAUGGUCGACCCCAACCACCUCCUGCUGGUCCAAACGCCACAAGGUCUGGUCGACCCCAACCGCCUCCUGCUGGUCCAAACGCCACAAGGUGCAAGCGCUCCCACUCACGGCGCCGGUCCACCUCGCCAGGCCGCCACAGCUGUGAUCCCCAAGCAGCCUCAGUCCAGCGCCCUCACCCAGGCGGUGCUGAAAGCCCACACCGACCGGGCGCAGACCUUCCAGAACCGGAAGCAACAAACCCUCGCCGCCUUGCGUCACCCUGGCACGCAGACUCAAGCCCCCGCCACCGCCGCUGAUGGGACCCCGCGGCCGCCAACCCCUCCCACCGUCAUCCCGCUAACCCGCUUCCAGAGUCUUCCCAGGGCCCGACACAAGUCAUCCCCGACACGAGGACCUCAUCAGCAGCCACAGCGACGCCCGCACCACCGACCUGGACACCACCACCACCACCACCACCACCACACUGCAAACGUGGAGACUCAGGGCCACGCCCACACACGACAGGCUCAGCGGGGGGCGCCCAGGUGGUGACAGGCUCCUCCCCCUCGCAGCUGCCACGCUUUUUUGUGGCCUCGUUACCUCCUACAUCCUGGCAUUUGUCAUGAAAAGAUGGCCGCCACGCACUGUAAGGCUCUCUACAGUACAUAAACUCAGGUGGCACAUAUUUUUAAAAACUUUUAGCAGCCUGCCUAAGCACCUUCUAACUCCCUCUGUCCUCACCCUUUUUUACACUAAUAUCUUUACACUUUUUUUCCCAUAAUCCAUUGUUCUUUUUCUGGUCGGCCCAGUAGGGCUUGUAGCGCAUACUUGCCAACCCUCCCGGAUUUUCCGGGAGACUCCCGAAAUUCAGCGCCUCUCCCGAAAACCUCCCGGAACAAAUUUUCUCCCGAAAACCUCCCGAAAUUCAGGCGGACCUGAGUGACGUGUUGACAACACACAACAACAGUGUCUACCGUAAAGCAGUUCGUCUGCCGUAAACAGCAAUGUUGUGACACUUUUAAACAGGACAAUACUGCCAUCUACUGUACAUGCACAUGUGACCCACCCAUAAUGUGUCACAUUUUUGUGUUGAUUUAUUUAUUUUAUUUUGUGGUCUGAAUUCGUUUUUGGAGCUGUCAUUACACAUUUAUCAGUAUUCACAUUGGUCAGUAGGGGGCAGUAGGGCGUUUCUUCCCAAUUGAAUGCUUUCACCUGCAGACCGGAAGUGUCUUGUCAUUCUGAUGAGCGCGACCAGUCUGUGAACAACUGAAACGUCCUGUGUGCUUUUCCUCCUGUAUAACAGGUUAGUUUUGGUGAAUCAACUCACUGAAUAAUAUCCACGUGAUCUUUAUAAGUUUAAGUACACAUUCUGAUGGUGGAGCCUAACUCUAAAGUGUUUGUGAGUUGUAGUUUGUAAAUGAACACUGAAAUUCAAGUAUUUAUUUUAUUUAUAUAUAUAUAUAUAUAUAUA